UCCUCCAUUCAAAUGAAGAAAGGCAGCAGGUUAAAGUCCUGCCUUGCUCAGAGGAGGGGAAUUGUUUGACAGCUGCUGCCAUAAGAGAUCUGUGCCUUUCACUUCCCCCUUUGCCCUCUUUGUGACAAGGAGAUUACAAGCCCGGGCUGCUCCUUGCCUAACAAUGCACGAGUGACAGAACCAGAAAAGUUGGGAGAGCGCUGACGAAAGGCAAAAAGCAACAACAACAGGUUCAGGUGAUUCUGCCCCAGGAGGGAAUCAGGGCAGGUGGGAUUGCUGGCUCCUCAAUGUGCCAAUGGCUUUCAUCAGCAACUAUUGUGGCCACUGCAGGGCACUGCUGCUCUUCUCACUGAUAUUCCUAAUAUGGCAUGGAGGAACACCAGUGGCGGCUCAGUCAGUACCUUCUCCAGUACAAAGUGUGUCCAUAUCAAACAUAACGACAACCAACGUGACUUUAUCAUGGGUCCCUCCUAAUGAUACAGACAAAGACACCUAUACUUAUUCCAUCACUGUGUAUAAUGGGAGCUCACCUUGGAAUUUGCCUAAAAACAUCAGUGGUACCAGUACACAAGUGACAGGCCUGAUGCCUGGAGUAUUCUACACAUUCUCUGUAUUUACUGUGACAUCUAAUGGUACAAUGAGCUCUCAGAAUGGAUCCAUUAGUGGCACAACUGUACCUUCUCCAGUACAAAGUGUGUCCGUAUCAAACAUAACGACAACCAACGUGACUUUAUCAUGGGUCCCUCCUAAUGAUAUAAACAAAGACACCUAUACUUAUUCCAUCACCGUGUAUAAUGGGAGCUCACCUUGGGAUUGGCCUAAAAACAUCAGUGGUACCAGUACACAAGUGACAGGCCUGAUCCCUGGAGUAUUCUACACAUUCUCUGUAUUUACUGUGACAUCUAAUGGUACAAUGAGCUCUCAGGCUGGAUCCACUAGCGGCACAACUGUACCUUCUCCAGUACAAAGUGUGUCCAUAUCAAACAUAAUGACAACCAACGUGACUUUAUCAUGGGUCCCUCCUAAUGAUAUAAACAAAGACACAUAUACUUAUUCCAUCACCGUGUAUAAUGGGAGCACAUCUUGGAAUGGACCUACAAACAUCAGUGGUACCAGUACACAAGUGACAGGCCUGAUCCCUGGAGUAUACUACACAUUCUCUGUAUUUACUGUGACAUCUAAUGGUACAAAAAGCUCUCAGGCUGGAUCCACUAGCGGCACAACUGUGCCUUCUCCAGUACAAAGUGUGUCCAUAUCAAACAUAAUGACAACCAACGUGACUUUAUCAUGGGUCCCUCCUAAUGAUAUAAACAAAGACACCUAUACUUAUUCCAUCACCGUGUCUAAUGGGAGCUCACCUUGGAAUGGACCUAAAAACAUCAGUGGUACCAGUACACUAGUGACAGGCCUGAUCCCUGGAGUAUACUACACAUUCUCUGUAUUUACUGUGACAUCUAAUGGUACAAUGAGCUCUCAGAAUGGAUCCACUAGCGGCACAACUGAACCUUUACCAGCAAAAGAUUUGACCAUAACAAGCAGAACAAUGACCACACUGAAUUUAUCAUGGACCCCUCCUAAUGAUAUAAAUAGCAACACUUAUUCUUAUUCAAUCAAUUUGUCAAAUGGCAGCACAACUUGGAAUAUUACUACCCCCAAAAAUGCUAACAGUGCACAAGUGACAGAUCUGCUGCCUGGAGUAACCUAUACCAUCUCUGUUUAUACUUUGACAUCCAGUGGUACAAUAAGCUCUGGGGUUGAUUCCAUUAAAGGCACAACAAGACCCUCACUUGUAACAACUGUGAGCAUAAUAAAGCAAACAAAUAACUCUGUGACUAUAUCAUGGACCCCUCCUCAAGAUAUAAAUCAGGCUACUUAUAUGUAUUCCAUCAAUGUGACAAAUAGCGCUGGAUCUUGGAAUGUGAAUAGCAGCACAAAUGUUAGCAGUAAGGAAGUGCUGGAUCUGCUUCCUGGAGUAACCUACACUUUCUGCGUAUAUACUGUGACGUCAGAUGGUACAAAAAGCUCUGACUGUUCCCCUGACAGUAGUACAACAAGACCCACGUUGGUAAAAGAUGUGACUGUGAAAAGCCAAACAACUGACUCUGUGACUUUAUCAUGGACCACUCCUAAUGAUAUAAACAAAGGCAGCUAUUACUACUUAAUUACUACGGCAUGUGGCACUACAACCUGUAAUGUGAAUUCAACCGUAAAUGCAAAUGGUGCAACAGUGGCGAGUCUGCUUCCUGGACUGACCUAUCAAUUCUCUGUUUAUACCGUGACAUCAGAUGGGACAAACAGCUCUGCUUUUGCUUCAACUUCAGGCACGACAGCCCCUAAUGCACCCACUAGUGUCAGUGGAAAUCCGGUUAAUACCACAGCACUUUCAGUCAACUGGACUCCGCCCAAUGAUCUCAAUAAGAAUAAUUAUACUUACACUGUGUUUUGGCAAAGAAAUAAUGAAUCACUAAAUCAAAGCAUCACAUCAAACACCACAAUAAUUGGCGGUCUGACUGCAGGAAACCAGUACAAUGUCUCCGUCAUCUCUGUCAUCAACAACGUGCCUAGUGUGAAGGCUGUGGCAUAUUUACAAACUAAUCCAGAGGUUCCCGGAGGUUUCAAGAUAGUCACCAUUACCAACAGUAGCGUGAACGUCUCCUGGACAAUCCCCUCAGGGGGCAGUUUCAGUGGGAUUGAAAUAAAUGCAGUCAGUGGAACAAGCAAUUUAACAAAACAAUUUACAGGCCCAAGUUCUGAAGGGAUUCUGGAUGGUCUAAUUCCUGGGACAGCCUACAACUUAAUUCUGCGAAGCUUUAGUUCUUACCCAUCAGGGAGUUCGGGAAGGAUUAGUCGCAGAGCAACCACCAAUAAUAUAAUAACAUACAGCAACCCAAUCAUCGAGAAAGUACAGUUGGAUCCCAAUACUGUUACAGGCAUCACAUGUACCAAAGUCGGCGGAGGGUACCAGCUAAAGGUGGCUUUUGUCUGCCCCUCUGGUUCAUAUUCAUCAAUCAAAAUCCUCGCUGAUGGCAAUGAAAAGGAAACGAUACCAGCGCAGAACUGCUCCCAAGGAGCGACAGUACAGAGUUUGCAGCCGGCAACAAAAUACAUCAUCACAGUAGAGACUGUAGCAGAUUCCCGACAGGUCUCUGAUUUCAUCAUCUGUUAUACGGAUAAUGUAGGAGUUAUUGUAGGAAGCAUAUUCGGAGUGCUCUUGUUCCUUCUUGUUGUGGGGCUAAUUGCUUACUUUGUCCUUCGGAAAAGGAGAGGCUCAAAAAACCCUUUCAAGAAGGAACGUGGAAAUAUGCAGAAAAUAAAUAUAGUAAGAAUGCCAUCAGUGAUGAAAUCCGCGUUUCCAGAUUAUUACCAGAGACAGCACGCGGAUAGUGACUUUGGAUUUGCAGAGGAGUAUCAGCAACUCAGCAAUGUAGGCAUUAACCAGUCUAAACUGGCAGCAGAACUCUCAGAAAACAGAUCCAAGAACAGAUUCACCAAUGUCUUGCCUUAUGACCAUUCCAGAGUCAGACUCAACCGUAUUGAUGCGGAUGAGACCUCUGAUUAUAUCAAUGCCAACUACAUGCCUGGCUACAACUCUUCUAAGGAAUUCAUAGCUUCCCAAGGCCCACUGCCCAACACAAGUGCAGACUUCUGGAGGAUGAUUUGGGAGAAUCAAGUCAGUACCAUUGUAAUGCUGACCAACUGCAUGGAGAAUGGCAGGGUGAAAUGUGAACAUUAUUGGCCCUUGGAUUACACCCCAUGCACAUACGGAGACAUCACCGUGACUGUAACCUCCGAAAUGAUCCUUCCUGAUUGGACAGUACGGGAUUUUACCCUUAAACAUGCCAAGCAGCAAGGCAAUAAGCAUGCUCGUCAUUUUCACUUUACGGUCUGGCCCGACCACGGUGUUCCAGAAAACACAACAACCAUUGUCGAGUUCCGGAACCUUGUUCGAGAAUACAUGGACCUGAAGAGGAGCAGCGGACCCACGGUUGUUCACUGCAGUGCUGGUGUUGGGAGGACAGGGACACUGAUUGCCCUGGAUUACCUGAUCCAGAAGAUGGAGAAGGAGCAGCGUAUUGGAAUAUAUAGCUUUGUUCAGAAGAUGAGGCAGAACCGUCCCUUAAUGGUGCAGACAGAGAGUCAGUACGUAUUUCUGAAUAAGUGUAUGCUGGAUCUAAUCCAGAAUCCUCCCGACGAAAAUAUCUACGAAAAUCAGAUCGGUGGCGAUCUCAUCUAUGAAAAUGCCAGCGUGGUGCGGGAUUACCAAAAAGAUAAUCUCUAACUGACCACAAGAACCAAGGAACCAUUGGAGAUAAAAAAAGAGACUUUACUAAAUUCUAAUGAAGUGCCUUUGGUCGGACCGUUAUUUUUGUGCCUUAAUUGGUUUUCAUGCCUUAUUAUGAAUAACCUUCCUCAAAAAGGAGAUGCCGGCAUCUAAUAUUUGGCUUCCCUUUCCCAUUCUAUCAUCUUGGCAUUCGCUCAAACUGACUUCUGAACCAAAUCACUUGCUGCUUCCAAACCACUAAUUCUCCAUCCAGAGGUUCUGACCAAUCAGGGAAGUGCAAUGGAGGAAGCACACAGAGCAGUAAUGCUCACCCAGGGCAUUUAUUGUACAAAGGAAAAAGCACAAAAUAACGAAUUAUAACAAAUCAAGGAAAAGAAGAUAAAGGAUACAGAGUUAAAUGGGUUUUUUUAACGUUAUAAGCACAGCGCAUUUUAAGCAUUUAUCGACAAGCAUUCUACUUCAUUUCAUUCCUUUACUAAUGAUGUUUUUGAUCCCAUUCCGUUAUACCAUGUGACAGAGUCUUGGGCUCUGUACCCAGUUUUGCAGAAUGGGGAUUGGUUGGUACUGGGAAUUACCAGGCCGGACAGGGUACCGACACAUUGCUGUGAGUGGCUGUGUAGAACAAACAAUUUUUACUGUGCUUUAUUCUUUUUUUAAAGUUUUUUAUACAGAAACCUCUGCAAAUUCUUUUCUAUAUACACUUUCUAUGCUGCCUGAAUGAUUAAAAAUCAGAGAACAUGUUGCGAUUAGGAUCAGCAGUAUUCAGGGGGUGUUGGGAACUGUAGUUUAGUAACAACCGGGGUGUCACCCAUGGGAACCCCCUUAAGUAGAAGUUUCACCUACUGGAAAAUAAAUGAAAGCUUUAGGGAAAGAUGAAGGAAUGUUAUUGAUACAAACUCACCCCAAGUGCCAAAGUAGUUGAUUGUAGGUUCUGUGGCACUGCCAUAUAUUGGUUAUAGUUCCCGUAAUAACAGCCCCCCCCCCCAGUAUUGCUGGCUAAGUCAUUUUUACAUAGGUUUCAUUAUGAUAUCUAGAAACAAUGUUAAAGAGGAAAAUUACUUUAUUUUUUUAUAUGUUCAUCAAUGAAGUUUUCUUUUCACCAAAUCAUUUUCAAGAUAAUGAAUGUGAAUUGCAAGGAGUGCCAAGACUAGCACUCUCAUCAAUUUUACACUCACGGAUUUAACUUACCCUUUAAGCAGAUUGCUGUUGCUUGUAUUAUUUCAAAGACGCGACUGUUAUGGUUACAAUGGACUGCUUGUUAUUGUAUAGCCAUGUUCCUGGUGAUUGCCUGGGUCUGGGGCAGAGUUUCAUAAUCAGAAGCAUGCUCCAUGUUUCCCCCAGUCCUUACCGUUCAUCCAUAAUAAUCCAAACUACAAAUCAUGUUUAGAGCACUUAUUCCGUACUAUCCCCGGUAUCAGUCUGUUCUGUGAGCACUUAGUACAUACAUUUAUAUAAUCUU